UUUUUUUUUUUUUUUUCCUCCCGCCGUGGUGUGCGUGUCCGAGCGGUGCGCGGCUCCCGGCGGUGCUGGACCAGCUGGCGUUACAGGAGCGCUGAUGUCUUCAUCUGACUCCCCGCAGUUGUUGAUGGAGUGUCUUUCUCAGAUUUCCAGGCAGGGUCCCAAGCGCAGCACCCAGCGCCAGCUCCCGCUGCCAGGCGGCGCUCCCCGCGGCUCGGGCCGCUCCCGCCGCUGCUGAGCGCGGCUCCGGGGCCGGGGCGGGCAGAGACCCCCGCGGAGCCGCUCCUGCCGCGGGCACAGCACCUGCGGCGGGGGAAGCCGCCGGGGACAGUGCUGCCGGCUCCUCGCUGCCUCCAUCCAGACCUGCGACCUUACACCCCCUCCUCCAUACGAGUCCCCCCUCCCCCCUCCUUUGAGCAAAGAGGGUGCCGGCAGUCGGACCCCGACCUGCCCACAUGAAUCGGCCGGCCGGCCGGUCGACUCCACGGCGUUAAUGUCCAUCUCGGGUCCGACGAGACCAGCUCAGAGGGGCCCGUGUUGGAAGGAGAUCUAAGAUGAAGUUAUGGGAUGUUGUGGCUGUCUGCGUGGUGCUGCUCAACACGGUCUCCACCUUGCCCCUGCCCACCGGUAAGACGCCUCCCAAGGGGUCCCCUUCAGUGAUAGAGGGACCUGAAGAUGAUCUCUCCCCCAUCAGCCUGCUGCCUCCCUAUGCUGUGCACAGUGACUCUAAUAUGCCAGAAGACUAUCCAGAUCAAUUUGAUGAGGUAGUGGACUUUAUUCAAGCCACUAUUAAAAGACUGAGGAGGUCACCAGACAAACAGACUCCAAUUUUUUCUAGGCGGGAGAGAAAUCGUCAAAAUGCAGCCACAAACAUAGAGAAUUCCAACAAAAAAGGAAGGAGGAAUCAAAAGGGAAAGAAUCGAGGAUGUGUCUUAACAGAAAUACAUUUAAAUGUGACCGACUUGGAUUUGGGAUAUGAAACCAAAGAAGAGCUAAUUUUCCGGUAUUGCAGUGGAUCUUGUGAUGCAGCUGAGACCACCUACGACAAAAUUUUAAAAAACUUAACCAAAAAGAAAAAACUGGUCACUGACAAAGUGAGGCAAGCCUGUUGCAGACCCACAGCCUUUGAUGAUGACCUGUCCUUUUUGGAUGAUAACCUGGUUUACCACAUACUGAAAAAACAUUCCGCAAAAAGGUGUGGAUGCGUCUGACAGCUGCAUGCUGAGGCGGCACCAGUUUUCCAUUCCUGCUACACUGCAAAGAGAGGGACCAAGGUUCCCAGGGAAGUGUCUGCUCCAAAUGGAGGAAAAAGGACCAAGAACACAGAAUGAGGAGCCAAUGAGAGCCUGGGGAUAAGGAGGAAUGUGGCAGAGUAGAAGGAUGGAGACUUCUGACGUCCUAUGGGGAUUUAGAUAUAAGCUCAGGUGGAGAUGACGAUGGAUGGAUGAUGUGCACGCUACCUUUCCUGUUUGACUCAGUCCACCAUCAGUGAGACUCAAUCCAUGAGGAACGUGCUUAAAAACACAACCCUGCCAUACCACGCUGUGUUGUAGUUAUGCCAUGAUAUAUCAGUUAUACCAAGAAGCUUAGCUAAGAAGUAGCUUAGGAGUACCUUACUAAUCCCCUGUGCCCUCAGCUCUACUGAAAGACACAUUGUGCUACUGCUCAUUGGAGGGCAGUUCCUGAGUGCUUAGGACAACUCCUAAGCUAUAAGAUUACCCUUGUAAGUAAGAUGAUAUUGGGCAAAUAUCAAAAUGACCAGGCUCAAGUUCUUAUGAAGCAAAACAGUUCCGCUUACUGGCUAAGUUUGGUUAUUUCCAUCUUGUGUUUCUUCAAAAUGAGUGCAGGAUUUUGUUCUUCUGCUACCUGUGAAAAUAAGUUGAGUUUUUAAGCACUUCUUCCUAGUUUAGUAAGACAAAUAACAAGCCCAGCCUACACAAAAUGCGUUUAUUUAGGUUUACAAAGGACUAAUGUCACUUGCAUAACUACAUUUCUAUUUGGUCAUUGUGAUUGAGAGAGACUACUUGAUGCAAUGCAUCCCUUCAGAGACAUAAGUAUACAGAAGAUAUUUAUUGAGAUUAAGUUAUUGUUAUUUAUUGCAGUUCAGUAAUGAGUCUCCUUAUUUAUUAAAGUGUCUUUCAAAGGUGCCAAAGUAGAUGGCGCUUGGGGAUAUAGAGAGACAAAGACGUUGGGAACAACGGUCCAUGCUUUUGAUUGAAAAUGUUAACUUGAAUGCAAAAAAUCACUUACUUUACCUUUUUUUCUUUUAAACAAAAUCUUGGUUAUGUUCACAAAAGGUAGUGCUGAAGCCUGCAGCCCUUAUUCCUGUCACUAAGCCUUUUGAAAAUUACUACAAGUCAUACAUGUGCAGGAGCAGCAAUGGCCCUGGGCGAGUGAGGGUCGCAGGACUUGGCUCAACAUUAGCAAUUUGUAAGAAAAACUAAUUUUAGUCAUAUUUUAAAUGUAGCCACAUUUUUUUUCCUCACACUUUAUGCCAACUGACCUCAUAUAACUAUUGACAAAUGGAAAAUAAUCACAUUUAGCCUUAUAAUUUCUAGUUAUAUUUAUUUAAGCUUUUCCUUCCGUACUUCCAUAUAGAAGAGGUUAAAUCCCUCUUACUAGUUAGCCCUGGAUUUAAUAUAGCCUGCAAGUAAACAGUUGUGUUAAAUAACCAGAGUGUUUUGUAUAAUUUGCUGAAACAUUACAGGAUCAUACCCAUGCAGCAGAACAGUCCGAGUUAGGAGGAGGGAGGUUGUACAGCAAAGGUGUUUGUACGUGACCGCUAACACAAGCUCUCAUUCUGGAGACAUUUUUCCCAAAGGAGCAGGAGUGCAGGUCACUAGACAUACCUGACAACCAGUGAAGCAUCAACUCCCACAAAAGCAACAUGAAAAAAAAAUCCUUAUUGAAAACCAUGGUCCAACCUUUUAUCUCAUGCAUGUAAUGGCUCUCCAUGCUCAUUUUGCCCUGGGCCCCUUGGGACACCACUGAAGAAGGGUCUAGAGGUCAAAAAAGUCCAGAACAGGCAUAGAAAGAUGUACCAGGUGUGUGGCAUGUAAUAAGUCCCCAGCUUCGGCCGGUUUCCUGGCAAAGGAGGGGGAUAGCCCUGGAGAACCACCAGCAGGGUCUGUUCUCACACUGCCACCACGGGGAUGCCGUGCCCUCCAUGCUGCUCAGGGGUGGUGACACCACCCCACUGGCACGAUGUGGGCACUGAGCACCUGCCAGGCGGAGGGUCAGCUGCGCUGCCGGGCACCUGACUGGCGACAGCGCGCAGAGCUGUGCUUUCCCUUGCCCCUGCUGAUGAAAACUUGCCUCAGAGCAUUUUCUGUGCAGCUUGAAGAGGCUGCAACCAAAGCAAAUCUCUAUGUUCAAAAUACAAAAGGGUAAAGUUUGUGAUUUUUUUUUAAAUUUUUUUUUUAGGGUUUUUUUUGUUUUGGUUUUUUUUUUUUUUUUUAGUUUUUAGACCUUACUGAAGACAGGAGUGUGCUUCUCUGGAUUUUUUUACUUCACCUGCAAUUUUAUGUCUCAGUCAUUUGUGUUAAUCAACCAAAGUUCUCUACAGACUUUAUUUUUGUACAAUAUUCAUUUUAUAACUUUUUACAAAAUAAAAUUCAUUUCUAUUGUUACAUGGUUGUUGUUUGUGCUUCCCCAUCACACAAUUUCCAAGUUAUGGUGUUGCCCAGUUUCCCAAUCUGCAUGAGACAAUGCCAUGGGGCCAGCAAAUCCUCCAUGGAGCAGAGCCUUCCUCUCCUAUCUCACCAACAUCUUUAAUGUGGAUCAGAGGUGUCUGUAGCUUCUUAGUGAAAUAUAACUGCAAUGAGUCACUGCAAUGCUUAACGGAGUCACUGCAAUAAUUGGCUUGAAAAUGCAUGGUGGACAGUGACAGUAAUCCACCCGGGGGCAGACCUCAAGCCUGGGGUUACUGAGGCUGUCCCUUACCCGUGUGGGGCUGCACUGUCUUCAUGGUGGCCUUGGCCAUGUAUGGCCACAAUUCCUGCACUCAGAAGAGAUUGCAUUUUGCUUUGCUAAUCCAGGUGUCACAUCAGUGGACUAAAUUCCACCUACUUUGGCAGUUCUUUUCCUUCAUCUUAAAACAGGAAAAUAAAACUCAAGGAAUUCUUUUUGCACCACCAUUAUGGAACAGAUGAGGACAGGCUUUUUGGCUGUGGCCAGCAACAUUUUCUCAAUGGUUUCAUGUUAAGCUUUGCAGCUCCCAUCACAGAGCCCAUGAACACACGCAGACUCACAGGUUUCAACACUGCACUUUGUACUGCUACAGAGAGGAGGAGGGAACAUCUGAGCAGCUAGCCAGAGUGCAGGAGAUCAAACACUCUUAAUGCACAGCGUAUGGAUGCCUUGGUUUCAUUUGUGCUGGCAGGGACCAUGCACACAGCUCUACCCCAGAUGCUGGAACACACAGCAAAACUCAACACAAGCCCAGCUUUUGAAGCACACAAUAUCGAAGGCAUUCCUCCUCACUUGCCACUGCCUCCACUUCUUGCAGCAGAAGCGCAUCCAUCAUGUGCAAAAGAAGAAAAAAGCUGGACAUAUUAAGUGUUUGGCAUGGAAAUGACCUCCACAUUCAGAGGAGACUGUGCACUUUCCCAAGAGUUGGAGGGUGUGUCUAUGGAAAACACAGCUGUGGGGCGCUCUGAAGUUUAAUCUCUGUUCUUUCAGCCCUUCUGUCUGCUGUCUGCAAGGGAUGGGGAAGCAGAAGGUCAAUGCAGAUGCCUUCCUUGGUCUUGUCAGGCUUUGAGUGGGCCAUGAAGCAGCUGGCAGGAGCAGUGUUGCUUGCAUGGAGAUGUUUCACCCUUCUUCCCCAACCCUCCCAGCGACAACAGUACUGGAGAGAGCAGAUGAGGCUCUGCUACCGCUACUCCAGGCUUACCAACGCUGGGCUGGCACCUGCAGGUUCCUUUUCUGGUUGAAGUGAGGCUUGCAGUAAUUUCCUGGCACCCUGUAUGUGUUAAAGCAGUUUGAAAUCUUCAGCUGGCAGGUUGU